UGCAGGUGGAGGUAUAUACGGUUGUGGUGACAUCAGGAGCGCUGGGGGAGGGGACAUUACUAUUAACCCCUUCAGGUCCACAAGGUUUUAUGACUUAAGGAAGAAGAUCACAGGAUCCAGAACAUUCUGUGUUUCUCCAAUCCAGGAUCCUCUGCUGAUAUCUUCUAUAUAAGAGAAUUCUCCUGGAUGACCCAUCAACCAUGGAGAGAGACAGGAACAAGAUGGCCGACAGGAUCAUAAACCUCACCCUACAGAUACUCUUCCGGCUUACUGGAGAGGAUUACACAGUAGUGAAGAAGUCCUCUAGUGGGCGCUGUCGGGCCCCUGUGUGUGAAGGAUGGGGAAGAACCCUGAGCCCAAUCCCGGGGCCCCCACCUCACUCCCUGAUACAUGAGGAAAUGGAUGAACAGAAGAUCCGAGAACUCAUCAACAAGAUGAUGGAGCUGCUGACUGGAGAGGUUCCUAUAAGGUGUCAGGACGUGGCGGUCUAUUUCUCCAUGGAGGAGUGGGAGUAUGUAGAAGGACACAAGGAUCAGUACAAGGAUCAGGUCAUGAUGGAGGAUCAGCAGCCCCUCACAUCACCAGUCAGAUCCUGUAAGAGAACAGCACCAGAGAGGUGUCCCCGUCCUCUUGAUGAACAGAAUAUGGAGGACGAUACCACAGGGAAAGAUCUGAUCUAUAUUAAUACUACAGACAUAAAGAAAGAAGUAGAGACAGAUGUGAGCAGUGAUGAGCAGUAUAAGGAGGACAUUUCUACAGGGAAAGAUCUGACCUAUAUUAAUCCUACAGAUAUAAAAGAAGAAGAUACAGAUGUGAGCGGUGAUAAGCAGUAUAAGGAGGACAUUCCUACAGGGGAAGAUCUCAUCUCGAUUAAUGCUACAGACAUAAGGGAAGAAGAAGAGUCAGAUGUGAGCGGUGAUGAGCAGUUUAAGGAGGACAUUCAUACAGAGAAAGAUCUGAUCUAUAUUAAUACGACAGAUAUAAAGGAAGAAGAAACAGAUGUGAGCAGUGAUGAGCAGUAUAAGGAGGACAUUCCUACAGGUAACCGCCCAGAUUCUUGUACCAGGAGAUCAGAGGAGAAUCUUAUAUCUUCAGAUUAUAAAGCAGAUGAUGAUAUCACACAAGAUACAUAUGAAGAACAUUCCAUUAUCCCAGAUACACCCUCAGCCCUUCACAGCCAAGAUCUGUCAUCUCAUCCUUAUAUACAGGUCCUGUCUUCUCACUCAUCACAGGAUGUUCAGCAAAAUAAAGGUCACAGAAGGAAUGAUGGACAUCAACGAGCUCAUACAGGAAAGAAACCAUAUUCAUGCUCAGAAUGUGGGAAAUGUUUUAUUUCUAAAUCAAGUCUUGUUAGACAUCAGAGAUAUCACACAGGAGAGAAGCCAUUUUCAUGUUCAGAAUGUGGGAAAUGUUUUCCUUUUGAAUCAGGUCUUAUUGUACAUGUAAGAACUCACACAGGAGAGAAGCCAUUUUCAUGUUCAGAAUGUGGGAAAUAUUUUACUCAGAAAUCAGACAUUGUUGUACAUCAAAGAACUCACACAGGGGAGAAGCCAUUUUCAUGUUCAGAAUGUAGAAAAUGUUUUACUCAGAAAUCACAUCUUGUUCAACAUCAAAUAACUCACACAGGGGUGAAGCCAUUUUCAUGUACAGAAUGUGAGAAAUGUUUUACUGAUAAAGCAAAUCUUCUUAAACAUCAGAGAUGUCACAAAGUGGAGAAACCAUUUUCAUGUUCAGAAUGUGGGAAAUGUUUUACUGAGAAAGCAAAUCUUCUUAAACAUCAAAGAACUCACACAGGGGAGAAGCCAUUUUCAUGCUCAGCAUGUGGAAAAAGUUUUACUUACAAAUCAACUCUCGCUGAACAUGAAAAAUCUCACACAGAAGAGAAGCAAUUUUCAUGUUCAGAAUGUGGGAAAUGUUUUACUAAAAUAUCAAAUCUUAAAAAACACCAAAGAACUCACACAGAGGAGAAACUAUUUUCAUGUUCAGAAUGUGGGAAAUGUUAUACUCGCAAACCAAACCUUAUCAGUCAUCUAAGAACUCACACAGGAGAGAAACCAUUUUCAUGCUCAGAAUGUGAGAAAUGUUUUACUUGGAAAUCAGCUCUUCUUCAGCAUCAAAGAAUUCACACAGGGGAGAAGCCA